CGGCGCUUACCCGUCACGCUCUCGCAUCCCUCCCUUCUCCAGUUCUCCGGCGACCGGCUGCCCUAUCCCCCCCUCUCUCUACCAGACCGACGGCCGCCGUAUCCUCCCUGCUCCUCCCCCACGGUCGUAGGCAGAUCCACGCGGGCCGCGACCCUCUCUAGCCAUGGCUAAUACGCUGCGCUUGUAUCUUACUUGCAUCCGGAACACUCUCGAGGCUGCCAUGUGCCUGCAGAAUUUUCCUUGCCAAGAAGUGGAGAGGCACAACAAGCCAGAGGUGGAGCUCAAGACUAGCCCUGAACUUCUGCUGAAUCCGGUACUCAUAUGCCGUAAUGAAGCAGAAAAGUGUUUGGUAGAGACUUCAAUUAAUUCUAUCCGCAUAAGCUUGAAGGUUAAACAAGCAGAUGAACUAGAAAAUAUUCUUGCAAAGAAGUUUCUUAGGUUUCUGUCAAUGAGGGCAGAGGCAUUUCAAGUGUUGAGGAGAAAACCAGUUCAGGGCUAUGAUAUUAGCUUUCUCAUAACGAACUACCAUUGUGAGGACAUGCACAAGCAUAAGCUCAUAGAUUUCAUUGUGCAGUUUAUGGAGGACAUCGACAAGGAGAUCAGCGAGCUGAAGCUGUCUGUGAACACACGGGGACGGCUAGUGGCAACGGAGUUCUUGAAGCAGUUCAUAUGAUUCAACUGUAGCACUGUUUGAAAGAAAAACAAUGUUACUACAGGACCUUUCCACCAUUUUGUAAUUAUGCUACCGUUCUGCAAGCUUCCAUCUUUGGUUGAGCAGUAGGGCCUUCUGUAAAUGCAUUGCGAAGGAAAAUAUUUCUCUGUGGAUUGAAGGAUAUCUUUUCCUGAUAUAAUAACCAGAUCGCCUAAUUGACAUCUGAA